GGAGAAAUGGGCGCCUUACGACUUUGAGUCUCUCUUCUGGUCUGUGAGAGUGGUCGACCCCGUCUCUGUGCACCGCCCGCCAGCUCGUGCCGCCCGACCUCUGCCGCCCGACUUUCUGAUUCUCAGGCUGUGGCAGCAGGUUGACAUCCCACUCGUUGCCUACGUGCAUCCCCUCUCCCUCUUCUGGCGAUCCUGCCUGCAACUCUUCUCUCACCAUCGCCCAUUUGCCGCCGCCCCUCUCUCCCUGCCGCCUGACCGCUUCUCCACCUCCACUCUCCUCCUCGCUCCCUCAGAGAACCUCUAUCAGGCCUUCAUGACUCGUCUAUCAUCGCCUCUCUUUCCGACCGACUCGGUAAACCAUUUCCUAAACGCCGCGUACUCUUCCUGGUACACCUCCCCUCCAGCCCACCGCCUCUCCCUCUCAUACGCCACGCCUCUCGCUCUCAAGCCCUACACGCUACCCUUCCUCGCCCCGUUCCAUAUAAUCACAUUCGACGGCGCUGUGCCUCCUUAUGGGAACAUGGUGGAGUGGAGGGGGCAGCCUAGGUUCCGGGUUGUGCUUGUAUGGAGGAAGAUUUUAUGUGGCUUGCCUGCGGAACUGCGCACUUCCAAAUUUAGGAAGUUGUGUAGAUGA